AUGUUGAACAUGGACGUUGGGAAGCUACUGCCAGUCAUAAUCAGCGACGAGAUUUUUCCUCCAGAAGGAAGCAAUCCUCAGCAAACACAACAACAUCAGCUUGCAACCAUCGACAACAAGCAAAAUAGCACAUCUGGUUCCCAGAUCUCUGCACCUUCACAUCGUCGACCGUCCAUGGUACCCCGAAAGAGCAGUGAUAGCUACUUCUCUCCAAGUCGCUCGCGCAUCUCCAUGUCUCAUCUCCCACCACUACCUCCGCCAUCAACCCCUCCACCUAUCAUACCGCGGACACAUCCUAGUAACCUGUCCGAAGACCGAGGACGGGUCUCAGCCGAGUCAUCCAAUCGAUCAAGCAUUUACUCGGCCGUACCAAGUACUGCAAAUACUCGCGGACGAAAGUCUAGAACGUCGACGGAAUCCCUCUUAUCUGCCGCCUCCUCUGCAAGACGCAGCACCAGUCUGGAUUCGAUCAACCUUCGGGAGGACUACUUAAGUCACAAUGCUCGUCUCAAGGGCAACAACAGCCCCUCCGGAACUGGCCCGCAGAUGACAUCCAAGAAGUUGACUCUCCCUCUAGGCACUCCUCCACCGAACUCUGUCGUAAAGUCGUUGUAUCAGCCCCAGCAGUACACGGAAUCUGUACAUGCCCGUCGGAAGCGCCCAAAAAGCCCCAGCCAGCUCCUCAGCACCGGGUAUUUUGCCCCCUCUGACCGAUCUACUCUCUCGCCACUGUCCCCACCGCUCUCGCCACUGGCGGUUCAGGUCCCGAGGAACACACUUCCGCGCUCGUCGACCCAGCUCAUGCAUUCUACCACUGCGAACCAGGGAGUGGAUCGGCCCGAUAGUCCCACCACUGGAUUCAACCAUCAACCAACCUCACCUGUUCAGGCGCAGCCCGCACCAACGGGCGCCUGGGCAAAGGCGCAGUUGCAGCCCCAGAGCCGUCGCACUAGUAGUAAGAACAUCACGCAGGCAGAGUCUCACAGGAUCAUGAUUCCUUCUUCCUCUUCAUCGUUGCGCCCAUUGUCCCCAGCUGGCCGAUCCACACCUCCUACGCCCACGCGCCUUGCAGAUCAUCUGCCACCAUUCCCAUCAGGAAUCCAUCCAUCUCAGUAUGUGCAUCUCAAGCGCCCUUCACUGUCGCACCAUCAACAGAUGUAUCCCAACAGCUGGGAUGGUACCCGACCUGCAACCGCGACGCCCACGACAGGAACAUCGAACGCUGUCUUUGGUUCGACUUCUGCCUCAGCCCUGGAAGAGCAGCGACGAUCCAUGUCCUCGGAAUAUUGGAUGCACCACUCGAUGCCCACAUCGCCCAGCUAUUCGAAUAGUCUGGGUGGAGAGGCUGAAUCGGAUUUAGAUGUGCAGAGAAUCAUUGCAAAUGCGUUGUCGAUUGCGGCAGCGAAAUCGGCAGCGGUUGAUGCGGCCCGGCAUUCGUCUUCGUCCUGGUACCGCCAUAGUCAGCAGCCGGGAUCGCGGUCAUGGACGCCGAGUGAAGAGGCGUGGGGAUCGACGGCUAAUACAUCCACGCCAAGUUCGAGAUCUCAGUCGCCGUUGAAUAACGCGGGCCCGGCCACUCCAGCCUAA